AUGAACUCUCUCCUUGCCUUGGCUGCGCUGUUGGCUUGGGGGUUGUCCCCAGCUCGCGGGAGCCUCUGGGACCUGCACAAGAUGAUCACGAAGGCGACGGGGAAAAACGCUUUGCUGCAUUACUCCUUCUACGGCUGCUUAGGGGGCAGGGGGCAGCCCAAGGACGCCACGGACAGAUGCUGCCAGCUGCAUGACAUCUGCUACGACAACCUGCAGAGCUACAGCUGCAACGCCAAGAUGCAGCGCUACGGCUACAGAGAGGGUUCCUGGUGUGCCCAGCUCUCCUGCGAGUGCGACCGCAGCCUGGUUCUGUGCCUGAAGUGGAGCAGCGGGAGCUACAGCAAACGUUAUCGCUUCUAUCCCAAAAUUCGCUGCCGGUGA